AGAGAGAGAGAGGAGAGAGAGAGAGAGAGAGAGAGAGAGAGAGAGAGAGAGAGAGAGAGAGAGAGAGAGAGAGAGAAAGAGAGAGAGAGAGAGAGAGAGAGAGAGAGAGAGAGAGAGAGAGAGAGAGCUCCUCCCGGUAUCCUCUCCUCAUAACCCGACUCUUCCCGUGUCUGUUGCAGACGGCCUAGCGGACGCGGCUAUGAUUGUAUUAAUUAUGAAAAUUAGUUAUGAAUGAGGAAUUAUUCAUGACCCCUCGUAAGGAGUGAACACAGCAGCACGUGCACCGGCUUCACGUGUCUCCCGCUCCACUGGUCCGGUUCCGCUCCAUGAGAAGUCCCCCUGGGGUCCCAGUGCUGCCAACGCGAUGCCCCGCCACCACACCGGAGAGGACCCGGUCCGACCAGGGCUCUGGACCCCCGGCCCCCCGGGGCGCCCAGCGCGCGGCCCCGGCCUGAGGGACGUGGAGGGAGGACGGCAGGAGGGGAACAGCCCGGUUUGCCUCGUGGACGGGCUGCUCUCCCCCGGCGGGACCGGGGGCACCGAGGCCCAGAAGCAGGGCGCGCGGCUUAGCCUGCUGGGGAAGCCGCUGACCUACAGCGCGCAGAGCAACCGGAGGACCGCGCGCUACCGGCGGCUGCAGAACUACCUGUACAACGUGCUUGAGCGUCCGCGCGGCUGGGCCUUCGUAUACCACGCCUUCGUGUUCGUCUUGGUGUUCGGUUGUCUCGUUCUCUCCGUUCUCUCCACCUUCCCGACGAACCAGGACAUGUCCUCACACUGCCUGCUGAUCCUGGAGUUCGUGAUGAUCGUGGUGUUUGGGGUGGAGUACACGGUGAGGAUCUGGAGUGCGGGCUGCUGCUCUGCCGGUACCGGCGGCGGGCCGGGCCGGCUGCGCUUCGCCAGGAAGCCCUUCUGCAUCAUCGACAUCAUCGUGCUCAUCGCCUCGGUUGCCGUGGUUUCGGCCGGUAGCCAGGGUAACAUCUUUGCGACGUCGGCGCUCCGCAGCCUCCGCUUCCUGCAGAUCCUCCGCAUGGUCCGCAUGGACCGCCGGGGGGGCACCUGGAAGCUGCUUGGGUCCGUGGUGUACGCCCACAGCAAGGAGCUGGUGACUGCGUGGUACAUUGGGUUCCUGGUCCUGAUCUUCUCCUCCUUCCUCGUGUACCAGGUGGAGAAGGAGGACAACAAGGACUUCUCCACCUACGCUGACGCCCUGUGGUGGGGGACGAUCACCCUGACGACCAUCGGCUACGGAGACAAGACCCCCCAGACCUGGACGGGCCGGCUGCUGUCCGCAUGCUUCGCUCUGCUGGGAAUCUCCUUCUUCGCCCUGCCCGCCGGCAUUCUAGGGUCCGGUUUCGCUCUGAAGGUCCAGGAGCAGCACAGACAGAAACACUUUGAGAAGAGAAGGAACCCUGCAGCCAGCCUCAUCCAGUGUGUCUGGCGUAGUUAUGCAGCUGAUGAGAACUCGGUUUCCAUAGCGACCUGGAAGCCUCAUUUAAAGGCCUUGCAUACCUGCAGCCCCGCCAAGAAAGACCAAGGAGAGCAGACAUACAGUCAGAAGUUGAGUUUUAAGGAGCGAGUGAGGUUGGCGAGCCCCCGCGGUCAGAGCAUCAAGAGCCGCUCCCCCCCCGGGGCGGACCAGCGGCCGCGCUCGCCCCCUCCCGCCUCCGCUGGGGAACUUCUGGGCGUAGCCGAGCUGGGGGGCGGAGCCAAGGUCCAGAAGAGCUGGAGCUUCAACGACCGGACGAGGUUCAGACCCUCGCUGCGGCUGAAGGGCCGCACCCCCGAGGACCCAGGCAUGCCGUCAGAGGACUCUUUCGACGAGCGGGGCUGCCAUUGUGAUGUCACCGUGGACGACCUAUCAGCUCCUCUGAAGGGCGUGAUCCGAGCUGUCAGGAUCAUGAGGUUCCAUGUCGCUAAGAAGAAGUUCAAGGAGACCCUGCGUCCGUACGACGUGAAGGACGUCAUCGAGCAGUACUCGGCCGGACACCUGGACAUGUUGUGUAGGAUCAAGAGCCUGCAGUCCCGACUGGACAAGGUAGUGGGUCCCCCUAAGCGGCCGGUGAAGAAGACUCGCUCUCAUCACUUUUCUUACGGCCAGACCCGCCGGAGACAGGCCGCCACGCAGGGGGUGGACCACAUCCUUGGUAAAGGCCAGGUCUCGGCCGAGAGGAGGAUGAGGGAGAAGAUGAUCGCUGACGGAGAGAUGAUGGACGACCUCAGCAUGCUGGGGAGGGUGUGCAAGGUGGAGAGACAGGUGUCGUCUAUUGAGUGUAAGCUGGACUCCCUGCUGGAGGUCUACCGCCAUGUUCUCCACAAGCCCCGCCCCUCCCUGCAGCCGCCCGACCCUCAGGGGGAAGAGCCCCCCUACCAGACCUCCUUCUCCUGCUUUCCUCAGGGAGGGAGUCCUGAGGGCAGGGAGGAGGAGGACGGGGAGGGGGGCUGCUCCACCUCCUCUGACUCUGCCCCCCCCUCCUACCCCCCCUCCACCGCCUCCCUCACCCCCUCUCCCUUCUUCUCCCCCGACUGCCCCUACCCCGUGCUGGACUGCUGCCCCCCCCGCCCCGUCGGGAGGACUGCCCCCCGGCUGCCCCCCUCUCCCCCAGGUGGGCCCCUGGCCCGGGGGCCGGCGGAAGGCCGCGCCCCCCCGCUGGUGGUGGUGGUGGGGCCCGGGGAGAGCGAAGCCAGCCCCUCCCAGGGGAAGGUGCCUCUGCGGGGUAGGGCGGGUCUGAGAGGAGAGGCGGCCUGGAGCCGACCUCUGAGCCUGGAGGUGGGGCGGGCACUGGGGGGCCCCGCCCCCGCCCCCAGGCCCCUGAGCUGGGCCGCCGGGUUGGGGACCGGGGGGGAUACUGGGGGUCCUGAUGGUAACCAUGGUACUGAUGGUAAUGGCGGUCCUGAUGGUGACGGUUGUCACGGCGACCACGAUCACCGGGGGCAACUCUUGAGAGGCCGGCCAGAUCCGGAGACAGAGGAAUCUCCCUUCCGGUCCCAGGAGGUGGACUUCCUGUCCCCGGAGGUGGACUUCCUGCCUGGUGGUCCUGCUGGGGGGGUGCGGACGAGGAACUACCCCCCGCACACAAACCUAUGAGAUGGGACACAGAUACACACGCACACAACUGCAUCGACCAAUCAAAGCCAAAGUGACACAUAGAUAAAUGGGCUGCCAGAUGAAGAGAUGCUAGCUUUGGCCACUGUGGUGCUAACAAGGAAUAUACUAACUCAUAAGGAUGCUAACAAGGGAGCCGCUAGCGUUAGCCUCUGUGAUGCUUACAGGAGAGGUAGCCAUGCCCUCAUACAUAUCCCUCAUCAAUUAACCGAAACAACCAUUUUCACCAUUUAAAUAAUGAUACCUGUCUGAUAGAAGAAGCUACUUUUCUCUUUUUUACUGUAAAUGUACUGUACUCAAAAGCUGCUUGGGUGACUCACCAAUCAACCACCAAUCACGUGUAUGACAGUUGGGCCCCGCCCACUCAGCCUCACCGGUACUACAGGUUACACCCUGCUCAGCCACACCUGUAGUACAGGCAACACCAGCCUCACAGCCUCACCUUUACUACAGGAAGCACCAGCCUCACAGCCUCACCUUUACUACAGGUAGCACCCUACUCAUAUCGCACACUGUUAUUCUGCUGAUGGCCUGCAGGUGGCGCUUUCGCGCUUUCGGGACACUUAAUGCUGUUUAUUUGUAUUUGCACCGUUUUGCCACUAAUUAUAAUGAGGGGGUGUCGUCACUAAAAAGUCUUUCAAAUAUAAAGCCGGCAUGAAAGGAGUUUUCUUGUUCUAAUGUGGUGAAAGGCUGUGACAACCGCUCUAAACCUUGAUAUUCCUGUAUCAUCCGGAAUCUACUGGACUAAACACCAUAUCCCAGCAUGCAGUUCUGCCACAGGGCCUUUAGGGGGGAAAGUAGCGUUGGCAAGAUGAAUGUUGGGGCCAUGUUGCUGCUGAAGUGCUUGAAUGUUUUGAAGAAGAUAUAUGCAGAAACUAUGAUUAAAACCUCUUAGAUUGAAGCUGCCAUCAUGUACUUUUGUCACUUCAGUUGUAUACUUAAAUGUGCUACCAACGUCUUAUGUUUUUAAUUAUUUGGUGACACUGCUGAGAUGUGGGUCUACUUAAGUUAACAUAUUUUUUUACGUUUAUAUUUGAACGAAUAUUACUAUUGAGUGUUUAAAAGCCAAACCACCAGCCUUCUUACUGAAAGGGUUAAUGUUUGAGUGUGUUUGCCUGCAGGCCACUGUCUUAAGGAACGACUCCAUCUGGGUUCUGGGAGACGUUCUGUAGUUCUGUUAGGAGCGUGACAGCGUGACGUAGAUGUUUCAUUUAUUCACAUGUUCUCGAAAUAGGAAAAUAAAUAUUGUAAAAUAUAUUAUUGUAUCAAUAAACUAAAACAACUACACUACC